AUGGAGCCCUCAAGUAGAGCCAUUUCGGAGAGGCUCGCAGAUUCUCCUUCGUCUGUGGAGGGCAGUGAAGGCUGCAGCAACUCCGAGCUCAGCAGGAACACGGAUGGUUUGCUCUCCAACACGGGGGCCUCCAGCAGCAUCAACAGCAGCAGCAGCAGCAGCAGCAGCAGUGUGCGGGAGGGACCUUGUAAGGAAACUGCAGGGGCAGUUAUGCCUUCAGCCCUUGAGGAAGAAGAACGUGCUGCAGCAGUUGAUGCAUCUGCGGCCAGCGAGGCAGGAGCAGCAGCAGCAGCAACAGCAGACGCAGAUGAAGUGUCUGAGUUCUUUCCUUCAUUCCCACCCGAGAUGUAUCUGCCGUCUCCUGCUGUUCCUUUCUCUGGAGAAGCUCCUUCUUCAGAUACCGCUGUCUCGAGUGUACGUACACUGGAAAGGUCUGCUGCAGCAUUCGAGGGUAGCACAACAGCAGCAGAGCUUGAAGCACCACCACCCGCUGCCUCCUGGGGAUGCAAACUCCGAGGGCCAUCCCCCCAAGCAUCAGCUGCAUCGAUGGCCAGCAGCAGCAGCAGCAGCAGCAGCAGCAACCCGCUUCAGCAGGAGCACAUCUCUCCCCUUGAGCUGCAGCAGCAGCAGCAGCAGCAGCAGCUAGACCUGGAUACGAGUAGCAGCCAGCCAAACUCAGAGUUUGGCCAUAUGGAUGAAGCAUAUACACUGCAAUUAGAGCUGCGGCAGCAGCAGAGUCUGCUGCUACGGGAACAGCAGCGGUGGCAGCAGCAGCUGGAGGCGCUGCGGGUCGAAAAGGAGGACCUGCUGCGCUGCAUGCAGCAGCGUGAGACCACAUUUGCUGCAGAACAGCAGCAGCAGGAAAAGGAGCGGCAGCAGCUGCAGAAGCAGCUUUCCGAGGUGCAGCAGCAGCAAGAGCAGCAACGGCAAGCCAAUGCUGCGCUGCAGGAGGCCCUGCAGAAGGCGGAAGCUGCGCAGCAGCAACUGCAGCAGCAGCAGCAACAGGUUGAGCAGGAGAAGCAGAAACAGCAGCAACACGAAACGGAACUGCAGCAGACGCAACAGCAGCAGCAAGAAGACCUGCAGCAGAAGCUCACAUCACUGGAGCAGCAAGCUGCGGCGCAGCAGGAGCAGGCAGAGGAGCAGCAGGCGCAGCUGCAGCAGGAGCUAGUUGUGAAGCAGCAGCAGGUUGCUCAGCAGGAAGAGCAUCUCAAGGAGCUGAAACAGCAGGUUGAGCAGCAGCAGCAGCAGCUUGAGCAGCAGCACCAGCUGAUUGAGGCGCAGCAGACGCUAAUAGAAGACCAGAGGGAGCAGAUAGCAGCGCAGCAGCAGCAACUCGAUGAGUUGCAGCAAUUAGUAGAGACGCAGGAGAGCUACGCUGCUCAGGUACACGAGCUGAAGCAGCAGCUGGAGCAAGAACAGCAGCAGCAGCAAAUGCUGCAGCGCCAGCUGCAGCAGCAGCAACAGCAGCACUACCAACAGUCGCAUGCAAGCCGUAUGGAGACUGAGCUUCGAAACCGUCUGCUGCAGCAGAAGGAGCGCCUCCUUGAUCAGCAGCAGCAAGAGCAGCAGCAGCAGCAGCGAACCCUCCAUGCCAAAGAGCGCGAGCUUCAACUGCGGGAGAAGCAACUUCAGCAGCAGCGGCAGCUGCUGCAGCAGCGGCAGCGAGAAAACAGUGACGAUAAGGACAUUGCGGAGUUGGUAGAUGACGAAGACCUGCAGCAAAAGGAGGUGCUGGUGCAGGAUAUGCAGCAGCAACCCCACCAUUUGCUGCAAGAACAGCAGCUGCAACACCAGCAGCAAGUUGAACAGCAGAAGCGGGAGCAGCAGCUGCGGCAGGAACAGCUGCAGCUGCAGCAGGAGAAGCUCGACGAACAGCGGGAACAGCUGCUUAAGCAGCAGCAAGAGCAGCAGCAAAGGGAGCAGCAGCUGCAAGAGGCAAAGCAGCAGUUGCAGCAGCAGCAGCAGCAGCACGAAGAAGAGAUACAGAAGCUGGAGCAGAGACUACAGUCCCUUCUGAGGGAGCAGCAGCAACGACGGGGCCUGCAGGAGGAGAGGGAGCAGCUGCAGCAAGAGCAGCAGCUGCUGGAACAGCAGCGGGACAAGCUGCAGCAGCUCGACGCAGAACUUUCUGAACAACAGGAGCACCUAUCCAGAGAGCGCAUGCAGCUGCAGGCGGUAGCUGAGCAGCAGCAGGAGCACUUCCGUAUGCUGCAGCAGCAGCUGCAGCAGCAGCAAGAGCAGCAGGCGCUGCUACAGGAGCAGCAAGAGCUGCAGCAGGAGCAGCAGCAAGUGCUUAUCCAAAGAGAGCGCAAGGUGCUGCUUCAUAGAGAGCUGAGGAUGGUCGCUAGGAUGCAGCAGAAACAGCGCAGAAGCGGGAGGCGCAGCACCCACAGGAGCAGCUGCAGCAGCAGGAGCAGCAGCAGCGCCAGCUGCAGCGAAACAGCAGAAGAAGGCAGCCCCCGCGAAAAGCCGUUUCCGUUGAUAAGGCGAGAACUUGAAACCUACAAGAGGCAGCAGCAGCAACUUGUGCAGCAAAUGCAGCAGCAGCAGCUGCUGCUGGAGCAGCAAGAAGAGGUGUUGCAGCGUCAGCAGCAGCAGCUGCUGGAGCUGCGGAAUGAGAAGGCGCUGCUUCAGGAACAGCUCGAGGGCCAGACAGACACCCGAAAAGGCCUCGAGGGGCACCAGCGCCAUGGGGGGUCGGCCGAGUCCACAAGCAGCAGCAGCAGCAGCAGCAUCAGCAAGCAGGAAUUGUUGCAGCAAGUGCAGAUGCUGCAGCGUGAGGUCGAGAGCCUAGAGAAGAUCCAGCGGGGCUACGCACGGCUAAAGGAGCACCAAGAACAGCAGCAGCUGCAGCAACAGAGGGAGCAGCAACAGCAGCAGCGUCUCGAAUUCCUACUCUCGUCAAAGCAGGAUGAGCUGCAGCAGCUGCAACAGAUUCACAGACAACAGCGGCUUCGGCUGGAGGCUGCCGAGCAUGACAACUCGCUGCUGCACGAAGAGCUGGAAAUGAGGUCUCGGCUCGCUUCGGCGGCCCUUGCAGAGGCGGAGCAAAAGCUGCGGCAGCAGCAGCAGCAGCAGCAGGAGAGCCCUUCACCUCCUGGUGCACAGCAGGAAGCUCAGCAGCAGCAGCAACAGCAGCAGAGUGCAGCAGUGGCAAAGGAGCUGCAAGACCUCCACGAGCUCGUUAUUUGUGCGGAAGCAAAGGCUGCUGGGGAGCGCAUGCAACUAGAGGAGGAGUUGCGGCGCCAGCGGCAGCACUUUGAAGAGGUCAUCUCUGCCAAGGACGCAGAACUACAGAAGCUGUUGCAGUCUGCGGGGCGGGGCGUUGGGGAGACUGAGGGCGGCGAAGGCGACAUGAGCACCAGCAGCAGCAGGUCCUCGGCACUGCAGCAGCACGACGGCCUUCCACGGCUGCGCGAAGCCCCCUCAGCAGCAACAGCAGCAGCAAGGGAGACACAAGCAGCGGAGAUGGAGGCGUCUGAGGUGAAGGACGACAGGGAGGAGUUGCUGCAGAAGCUGAAGCAGGUGUCCUGUGCUGCAGCAACAAAGGAGCGGCUGCUGCAGGGCCGCAUAAAGUCGCUGGAGCAGCAAGUUGCAGCGCAGCGUGCGUACUAUCAAGCAAGGCUCAGACCUCUCAGCGGCGGUUCGUCUUCCAGCAAGGCGGUCACCAACACAAACAGGAGCAGCAGCGACAGCAACAAUGCAGCGAGGAGCAGCAGCAAACAGAACUUGAGCAGCAGCAAGCCGCUGCUGCCCACAGCAGGUCCAUUGUUCCCUUUGCUGCACCGAGAGAACUCUGCCUUGGGUACUCUCUUUGCGUUCUGGCAGCUGUGCGAGAUAACAUUUUCAGAGUACGUGUUGACGGCGCAGCAGCAGGAAGAGGAGCAGCAAGAGCAGCAGCAGGAGCAGCAGCUUAGGGCUCUUGUCUCUCUUGUCUUUCCUGCUGCAUUCCACGGCAGCCAGAGAGUUGGUUUCAAAGACUUCGAGGCCGCGCUGCAGCGUGUCGGCUGCCCGGCUCGUCGCUCCGAGUCAGUCAGCGCGUGGCUGUUGCUGUCUGGCGCGCAGCAGCAGCAGCAGCUGCAGCUGCAGCAGGGGGACCACUUGCUGGAGCAGCAGAGAGAGGCAGCAGCGAGCAGCGCCUACAUCGAUGGAACGACUCUUCUACGGCGGGCCAAGCAAACCGACCCAACGUUCCUCUUCUUCCACUACGCAUCUUUGCUUAAACGCAUGCAGCAUCAGCACGACAAGAAAAAACGACUGAAGGAGACAGCUCAACUCCUGCAGCAGCAGCUGCUCCACGCGCAACAGCAAUUGCAGCAGCUCCAGCAGCCUGCUCCAGCUCAGCAGCAGCAACCUAGUGUUGUGAUGCAGCAGCAGCAGGUCCUGCAGCAGCAGGCGCUGCAACAGCAGGCACUGCAACACCAGGCUGCUGCUGCUGCUGCUGCUCCACCGCUUCACGCUUCACGUUCUUGGCUCGAGGAGGCCAUUGUGCCCACGAAUGCAGUGCGUCAGUUAGAACAGCAGCAAAUUGUUGCACCUCCUGCGUGGUCACCUCGUCCUGAGAUGUACAUACAGCUGCUGCAGCAAGCCAAUGCCGCACUGCAGCAGCAGCAGCAGCUUCUCCAAGAGAACUGCGCACUGCGGCAGCAGCUCGCCUCGUGCAGCAGCAACCAGGCGCCAGUGCCGAGGGCGGCGCGGCAGCAGAAUGUACAGGAAGCGGUGGGUGGUGCAGUUGCAGCACAACUAGCAGCAGCACAAGCAGCAGCAGUAACGCCUGUAUUCUUUAUAGGAUAG